UUCCACAGGUCCCUAGCAAUUGGAACCAAAGCUGGUUACAAGCUGUUUUCUUUGAGUUCUGUGGAGCAACUGGACCAAGUCCAUGGAAAUAACGAAAUCCCCAACGUCUACAUCGUGGAGCGCCUCUUCUCCAGCAGCCUGGUGGUGGUGGUGAGUCACACAAAGCCACGGCAAAUGAACGUGUAUCACUUCAAGAAAGGCACAGAGAUCUGCAACUACAGCUACUCCAGCAACAUCUUGUCCAUAAAGCUGAACCGGCAGAGGUUACUGGUUUGCCUGGAAGAGUCCAUCUAUAUCCACAACAUUAAGGAUAUGAAGCUGUUGAAAACCCUCCUGGAUAUUCCUGCAAACCCAACAGGUCUGUGUGCCCUCUCUAUCAACCAUUCCAAUUCUUACCUGGCCUAUCCUGGAAGCCUGACUACAGGCGAGAUUGUGCUUUACGAUGGAAACUCUCUGAAAACAGUAUGCACCAUCGCUGCCCACGAGGGGACACUGGCUGCCAUCACCUUCAACUCCUCGGGCUCCAAACUAGCAAGCGCAUCUGCGAAAGGCACAGUCAUCCGGGUGUUCUCUGUACCUGAUGGGCAAAAGCUCUAUGAAUUUCGCAGAGGAAUGAAAAGGUAUGUGACAAUUAGCUCCCUGGUUUUCAGUAUGGACUCACAGUUCCUGUGUGCCUCCAGCAACACGGAGACUGUGCACAUCUUCAAGCUGGAGAACCUCACCAACAGUCGCCCAGAAGAGCCUUCCACCUGGAGUGGCUACAUGGGAAAGAUGUUCAUGGCUGCCACUAACUACCUCCCCGCCCAGGUGUCGGACAUGAUGAACCAGGACAGGGCUUUUGCCACCGGACGCUUGAACUUCUCUGGGCAGAAGAACAUCUGCACCCUCUCCACGAUCCAGAAAUUGCCAAGGCUGCUAGUUGCAUCCUCCAAUGGACACCUUUACAUCUACAAUUUGGAUCCUCAGGAUGGAGGAGAGUGCGUCCUAAUCAAGACCCACAGUUUGCUUGGCUCAGGAACGACCAAAGAGAACAAAGAAAAUGACCUCAGACCUUCUUUACCUCAGUCUUACGCAGCGACCGUAGCCAGACCGAGCACAUCUGCAGCCUCCACUGUGCCAGGUUACUCCGAGGAUGGCGGGGCGCUCCGAGGUGAAGUUAUUCCAGAACACGAGUUUGCAACAGGCCCAGUGUGUCUUGAUGACGAGAAUGAGUUCCCCCCUAUAAUCUUGUGCCGUGGAAGUCAGAAGGGCAAAACGAAGCAGUCCUGACGAGAAGCGCUCCUCAGAAAUCAGAACACUCCCUGUCAGGUGGUUUUGGAGAAAACCAGGAAGGUGGAAGAAUGGAGUACAAGUGUGUGAACAGAAAAGGGCGGGCAGGAAUCUGGGUGCUGUGCUUCCUCAGCCCCGGAACACGGCGGGCUCCUCACUGAGACCCUGGUCCUGGCUGCCCUGGGCACUGGGGACACUGUAUCUACAUCAUGCUAUUUAAAAUACUUCAAACCACCGUGUAAAUGCUAACUAACCAUAUUGGUAUAUAGCUGGAAUUUUAUAUUAAAAAGGGCAUCCUUUUUAAAUGCAUGCUGUGUAAAAAAAAUGUACUUAUAGAAAAAAAACUCUUUGAAUUGUAUUUCUUGUAUGUUACAUUCAUAUAGAGACAUUAUUUUAGCCAGGC